AUGAGAACAACCAAUACAUUGUUGAGGAUACUCCCCAACAUCGGUGGCCCCUCGCUCGCAAAAAGAAAACUACUGGCCGGUGUGGUACUUAGCCAGCUACUCUACGCAGCACCAGCUUGGGCCUCAGCAGUAGUCAAACGCGAGCACUGCCUAAAACACCUUAGGGCAGCCUACAGGAGGGCUGCUCUUAGAGUGACGAUGGCAUAUCGUACAACGUCUUACGAAGCAGCUACCAUGUUAAGCUCCAUGACCUCCAUCGACCUAUUAGCUACGGAAAGGGAGAAGAUUAGGAAUUGCACCAGCACAGAGGAACGAGCAGAGGUCAGACAAAAAACCAUCGGUGACUGGCAAUCAAUGGCAAUCAACUGGUGGACACACCAGUUACUGCCCAACAUCAGAAGCUGGACAUAUAGAAAACACGGGAAUGUAAACCACUAUAUCACACAAGCGCUAUCAGGUCAUGGUUGCUUCGGUGACUACAUAAAUAUAAGAUCACGGGCACGCCGAAAUGCAUCAUAUGUGACCACCCAGUUGACAACCCGGAGCACACCAGUUUCUAGUGUGAUGCGUGGUCUGCUAGGGGAAUAA